AUGAGUCAGACAAUCACCGCCGCCAUGCAGAUGAUCGAGAGCCUCACCUGCGUCAGGUUCGAGCGCUAUGACCCUGAGACACAUGGCAACGAAGUGUUCCUGGACGUGCAUGUUCCGGAGACGCGUACCUGCUAUGCUACCGUCGGCUACAGCCCUCACGCGAGCAUGAUCUUGGGUCUGCACCCAGCGGUCUGCAGGGACCUUGGGGUAGUGACUCAUGAACUGCUGCACGUGCUCGGCAUGCAGCACACGCAUCAGCGGAACGACAGGGACCAGUACGUGGAGAUCCACCGCGACAGCAUCGUCACAGGAGCGCUGGGCGAAUACAGUAAAAGUCACUCAGAGACCUAUGGCCUCCCUUACGACAUGGAAUCCGUGAUGCACUAUGGGGAGGAUAUGUUUUUAAAGGAAGGCGCCAAGUACACCAUGCGGCCUCGGAAGAUCAAGGACGCUUCCGGAGAGCAAGUCAUGCUUCCGACCAUGGGUCAGUGGGAGAGGAUGUCGCUCGGGGACAUCGCGUGGGUCAACAGGGUCUACGGAUGCCCCUGCCACUACCAGGGCGACGACCUGCCCGGCGCCAUGCCCUAUUUGGACUGGCUCAAGAGCCAGCAGGAGAAGCGGCGGUACGGCGUGCCGCACUAUCUCGUCCCCAACGAUGUCACUUCCACCUGCCGGGAGUAG